CGUCGGCAAUAAGGGCCUUUCCGCCAAGCGACAUUGGCUCGUCCUCGUCUGCGCCAUGGCGUCUGGCCUUCUACUGUGGCGGGGACGAGCUGGGGCGCUGAAGACUGUGCUCCUGGAAGUGCCAGUGUUUCGAGGACCUGCUUCUACAGUUUCUCUCUCUGCACAAUUGGGGAAGAAUGAAAAGGACCUACCACCAAAUCCCAAGAAACAAAGCCCACCAAAAAAUGUAGAGGAACCAAAGGAGAGGGGCAAGCUACUAACCACCCACCCUGCAGCUGUGGUGCCCCCCAGCUCUCCUCCACCAGCUUCUUCCUCAGCAGCUGGGAGCAGAGGCGGGGUGGUAGCUGGUGCUCAGCCCAGUGGCCGCAAGCUGCUCACGAAGGAAGGGCUCCCAAAAGCACUGGCAAGAAAGACUUUGGUAGCGUUUCCUGACAAGGCUCCAGCUCCAUUCAGAGUGCAGGGUGAGGGCGCAGCAGCUCAUCAGGAUGCCCCCAAGGUGACAGAUGAUUCAUCCACAUCCUCAUCCUCAUCUUCCUCCUCAUCCAGCUCCUCAGACUCUGAGUCUGAUGAGGAAAGUGGCAUCCCAGAAGCUGGUCCCCAAGUGGGGAGCAAAGGCCAGGGAAGAUCUCCAAGCCCAGAGGCCAUCCAGCCCUCUGAGAACAGAACCCCUAGAGUCCCAGCAUCUGCAAAAGAAAAGAAUGAGGUACAGAAACCACACACAGAUGUUACCUACCCAGAAAGGGCCUCUCAGCCGAAGAAGAAAAGAAGCCCCACCAAGCCUUUAGAGGGCAGAGGAGAGGUCACAACAGAACGUACAAUGCCCAGAUCCCAAGCCAAGGGAGAGGUUUUGAAGCAGAGUAUGAAGGAAGAGCAGUCACAGAAAACUCACAGGCCGAAUGAACUGGCAAAAGGGAGCUGGAAGCCCCUGGGAGUGGAAGGAAUCUCACCUGACUCUGCAGAGGCCAAGCUGUCCACGUGGCCAGGAGAUGGUUCAUCCCCCAUGCUGGGGACCCAGGAGGCUACAUGCCCUGGUCCCCAAGGUCCAGAGCCUGGCGGAAAGCUGGCUUCUCCCUGGGUCCAAGAAAAAAUGGUUGGGAAACAGAUAGGAGGAGAACACUCAGAGGCCCAGAAGGAGAUCGUGGAAAAUCAGGGGACCACAAGAAGCUGGAGUCCAGUCCCUGUACAGGAGGAAGAGGUGCAGCCAGCAGGCCUGAAGCCCAAGGAGGAUGCAGCCCCACCCCUCCAGGCCCUGGGUGACACACAGGAGUCUGCCCCGGCCCCCAUUCCCACUGAGCCAUUUGAUAAUACCACUUACAAGAACCUGCAGCACCACGACUACAGCACAUACACCUUCCUGGACCUGAACCUGGACCUCUCGAAGUUCAGGCUGCCGCAGCCCUCAUCUGGACGGGAGUCCCCACGGCACUAAACUUCCUCAGCUUCUCUCCACCCUGUUCCUGCUUGCAAACUGCUCCAAGCUGGGUGUGGUGACGCACUCUUAUAAUCCCAAUACUCGGGAGGCUGAGGCAGGAGGAUCACCCUGAGUUCCAGGUCAACGUAGUAAUUUCAAGACCAGAUUGAACUAUAUAAUGUGACCUUGUCUCGAACCAAAAAAAAAUAAAAUAACAUUACUCCAGA